AUGCUGACGGUAGAUGAUUUUUUGGGCAUGGAAUUUAAGCCCAACAUGAGUCGAGUGGAUUAUUUGGUGGCUGUUGCUGAAGUUGCUCAGUUAAAAUCCAUGUAUGAAGAAGAAUACAACGUUGUUGCUGAACAAGAUAAAGAGUAUUGCAUCAAAAAAGAAGAAAAAAUCAUUCACAAUAUUCAGUCCAUAUUAUCAUCUUUCCCAGUUAAUAAUCUUGAUCCUCAAGAAAAGCAUGUUCUUGAUAUCGCCAUCCCAAAAGGGAAACGAUCACUGCAAAACAUACAGCCAAGAAAAGUUACUGAACAAUUUAUUUGCAGUGAAGAAUUGAUGAUCAAGAAAGCUGUGGAAAAUUUAGAAGAAAAAGAAAUCAGAGUAGUAAAAGUUGGUGAUGGGGAAAACAGAACGAUCAAAAUCAAUUGGGGUACUAUUGGUGCUAAUUUUGCAAUUGGAAAAUCAAGAACAGGAAAAGUAGCCAACGACCCACUUGGUUUAAGCAAUGAAGAAUACUUCAUUAACAAAAAUUUGGCCAAUGAAAAACCAGCAAAGCAAGAAGAGGAAGAUAAAGAAGAGGCUAAAAGGGAAAAGAAGAAGGUGAAAAGGAACAUUAUUGUAAGAGUUGCAGCCCCUGUUGUAGUUAACAACCAACCAAGAGAAUUGCCUAUAGAAUUCAAGAACAAAAUUACAGAAAUAGGAGGUUCAGUUGAAUCAGCAAUAUUGGUAAUAGAAAAGAGGUUGUUUGAGACUGAUAUUAAACCGGGAGAGGGCAGACUUUCAAUCCCACAAAGGCAAAUGAGUAAUGAGUUUCUUAAACCAGAAGAAGAUGCACAUUUGAAUACUCGCAAUGGGAAUAAUGUGUCUGAGAAAAAAGUGAAGUUGAUUGAGCCUUCUCUUGAAACAUGUGAUAUUAAUCUGAGAAAAUGGAAUAUGAACAAAAGUAAUGGGAAAACAAGUUCAAGUUAUGUGUUGACUACAUAUUGGAAUGCUGUGACUAAAAGGAAUGCUUUGAAAAUUGGUACUCUGAUGCAGUUGUGGUCAUUUAGAGAAGGUACUCAGUUAUGUUUUGCACUGGUCAAGCUUCAAGACUAA